AUGCAACCCUUUCUUCUGGCACUAUCCCUGGCGGGACUGAGCAGUGCUCAAGAACUCGAAAAGCGACACGGGGGAAACUCCAUAUAUGAGGCAAUUAACGAUGAUCUGGCACGCUACUCUCUCCUCGCUUUUGGUUGCGCAGCUGCAGCAUAUUAUGUUUGGUCUCUAGCGUUCCGAUUUUCCGGUCACUUACGGCGACUCGCCAGCUUCACCGAUAACAAGCAGCGGUAUUUUGUGCCUUCCCAUGAUACGUUCUGCUGGCUCAAGGAGCAUAUUAUCUAUGCACCGCUAUUUCGCACCCGGCAUAACCGAGAGUUCCAAGUAUCGUCGGCCAUCAACAUGGGCACUUUGCCCAGCCGAUUUCAUGGACUCCUGGUUGCCGCUGUGGUUGCCAUGAAUGUCGCCCUCUGUACAGUGACUACUCCCUAUGGGUCAGAGGAGGAUACCCUUGCUGGGAUCGUGCGCAACCGUACCGGUACUAUGGCUACUGUCAACUUGAUUCCACUAGUAUUGUUGGGAGGUCGCAACAACCCGCUGAUAGCUAUGCUUCAUGUUCCCUACGACACAUGGAACCUGCUCCACCGCUGGCUGGGCCGUAUGGUGGUAUUCGAAGCUCUUGCGCACACAUUUGCGUGGGCGAUUCCCAAGGCCCAGGAGGCCGGCUGGGAUAUUGUUGGGAAAGCCAUCUCUUCAAGCAGCUUCUUGCUCGCGGGUCUAGUGGCCACGGCUGCAUUCACUGCGCUUUUGAUUCAUUCGCCCUCGCCCAUCCGACACGCAUUCUAUGAAACGUUCCUCCAUCUCCACAUCGCCAUCGCUGCCCUUAGCUUUGGCUUCCUGUGGGUGCACUUGAAUGGUAUGAUUGCCCAGACCUAUUUGAUGGCUGCCAUCAUUCUCUGGGCCUUGGAGCGAGCCACUCGUCUCUUCAUAAUCUUAUAUCGCAACCUUGGCCGUGAAUCUACGACUGCUCUCGUCGAGGCCAUGCCAGGAGAUGCGAUGCGCAUUACUCUUCGUAUGGCCCGGCCGUGGAAGUUCAAGCCUGGCCAACACAUCUAUCUAUACAUUCCAGCCGUUGGAUGGUGGACAUCACAUCCAUUCUCCGUCGGCUGGAGCGAAUCUGAGGACACCUUGUCUGACGAGAAGUCUCUCCCAGUUGCCAAUCAAGAUCUUCUCGGCGGGCCCCAAAAGACGACCCUCUCUCUCCUGGUCCGCCGGCGCACGGGUAUGACUGACAAGUUAUUCCAGCGCGCUUCAAAUGCCCUCGGCUCGCGCGUAACCCUACGUGCCUUCGCCGAAGGCCCCUAUGGCAACAUCCAUUCCAUGGACUCCUAUGGCACCGUUAUGCUAUUUGCUGGUGGUGUCGGCAUCACCCACCACGUUCCCUUCGUCCGUCACCUGGUUGCCGGUUUCGCUGAAGGUACCGUGGCCACCCGCCGCUUGACCCUCGUCUGGAUUAUCCAGUCCCCAGAACAUCUAGAAUGGAUCCGCCCCUGGAUGACCAACAUUCUGGCCAUGGACCGACGCCGCGAAGUUCUUCGCAUCAUGCUUUUUGUGACCCGACCCCGCAAUACCAAAGAAAUCCAAAGCCCAUCAGCGACCGUGCAGAUGUUCCCAGGUCGUCCGAACAUCGACACACUAGUCGGGAUGGAGGUUGAGAGCCAGGUUGGGGCUAUGGGUGUGCUGGUGUGUGGCAACGGCAGCCUGAGCGACGAUGUCCGCAAGGUGUGCCGGAGGCGACAGGCCACCUCCAAUAUUGACUACGUUGAGGAGAGUUUCUCCUGGUAA